AAGUCUACUUCCACGUAAACUUCAACUUUUUGUCACCUUUAUUAAAUUUUGUCAGAAAUAAUGCAAAUGUAAGAAUCACGAUGGUGAGCUGAUUGUUUGAGAAUAAGAGGUGAAGAUGGCAUAUGCCAACCAGCUAAAGAAUCUGUUGGCUAAGGUCAGAGAGGACCCACUGGCCGCGGAUAUGCACUGGAGUUUGUUUAUGUCUGCGCUGCAAAGUUAUAGACAUGACACAGUGCUUAGACCUUUCCCACCUAAGUUCCAAGAAGAAAACUCUGACGAAAAAGAUUAUAAGGCGCUUACCAAACUUGCCAAUCAAGUUCCCAACAUUGAGGCAUUAGCAGCAGAAAGUCAGGUUGAUGAUGAUACUUUGCAACUCCUCAGUUGGGCAGUGUUGGAAAGAAACUUUCACCUCAAAACCUGUGAUAAAACCAUGUAUCAAACAAUACAAACCAAGGCUGGCCAAAUAGUUCCAGUGCCUGCCCCUAACUACAUAUUUGAAGUGGAGUACAACCAAAUGUGCAAUGAAAAAUUUGAAAAGAUUUGCCAAGGCAGGGAUCUAAUCUAUGCAUACCAUGGGAGUAGGGUGGAAAACUUUCAUUCCAUAUUAAAUCUCGGGCUUCACUCACACAUGAAUAAGACUUCUCUUUUUGGGGAAGGUACUUAUCUCUCCAGUGAAUUGUCUGUGUCCAUAGUCUACAGUCCUGCUGGGCAGCUGUGGGAGAGUAGUAUGUUGGGGAGUGGUGCAAGCAUUAUAGCACUCUGUGAAAUCAUUGAUGAUCCCACUGUCAAAUGUCAAGUGAAAGGAGACAAAGAGGAGUCUGGGAAGGCCAGGAGACGUGUCAAGGGCAGCAUGGGUGGUGACGUGCCAGAGAAGUACUAUGUUGUUCAAAACAAUGAAAUGCUGAGAGUGAAAUACUUGUUGGUCUAUGUAAACAAACAAUUCACCCGAACUGCUACAAGAAAUUCCAGAAUCUCUCAACCUUCCUGGUUGGCUGAACACAAAUUCCUAAUGAUGGUGUUAUGUUAUGCCCUGUUACUGGUUGCCAUAGGUCUUGCCAACUCUAAGUCUUUGCAGCAAUACAUGAGGAGGCUGAGAUGACUACAACCACAUGGAUCCAUGGCACAGUUUUAUAUGAUACAAUGAUCAGAUAUCAGAGAAGGAAGCACAAAGAAUUACUCAAAAUUUCAUGCUGACUUUCUCAUUUCAGUCCCAUUAAAUGUGUUUGUCCUUACAAGAACUUAAUGUUUUGCCUUCUGGGUUACGUAUUGAAAUUCCCACUUCUACUGAGGCAGUCAACUAUUUUCAUGAUCUGUUCUUAUGAGUAGACCAAAAUGACAAUUACUUAAAUUAGGUCAACCCAGGUAAAUAAAAAUAUUAUAGAAGAACAAAACUGUGUAGUAUAUAAUAUUAAAAAUGGAACCAUAUUGUUGUUAGUUUAGCAGUACACAACAGAAUGAGAAAGAUCACCUACCACAUUCCAACUAAAAAACUUACAACAGUUUGAUCAGCUUUAAAAAAAAACAAUCCCUCUUAGGACUUGAAUGCAGUAAACAAGCAAGAUAUAACAGGAAGCUUUCAAAUGAGGGGAAUAAAUGACUGUAAAAAAAAAGAUGGUCUACCACCCUUUUGUUAUGUAAGACCAAUAUUGGAUGUUCAAUGAGAUACAAUUAUAUGCAUAGGUCAAGUUACUUAACACCACACAAUAAAUGGUGUUUGAGUGCAAAAUCCUCCACAAUAAUUGUAUUAAAAAUAAAUAACUAACAAAUAAGUGUUCAAUGUUUAUUUGCUUUUGUUAUGUCACUGAAUAAGUGUGCAAAAGGAUCCCUUUUAGAACCUACAAAUAAUACCUUGGAAGAGAAUUUUAUAAAAUUACAUAAGUCGCAUGACUUGUGUCUAUGAAAUGAAUAUAAAAAUUGGAUGAUGAAACUUGGAUGCUGCAGCAACCUGAAUUCAUUAUGUAGUAAGUUUUACUGUUUGUAUUAUCAUUCUUUUUCUGAU